AUGGCAUCUUCACAGGCACGGCAGCCUCCCCUAGUCACGUCCACAGGAAGUCCGCAUGGCGAUUGGAAUCGCAUCCUGAUACCGGUACCUAACCACGAUGAGUUCUACACAAUUGAACAUCUCAACACCCGUCAUACGCGUGACGUUCUCGCGCAUUGCCAAGAGCUCUUUGAGACGUACCAAGAAACGGGUGAUGUAACGUGGCUGGAAAAGCGCCGCUUGACGCUUCAGCAAUGGCUGGUUCGAUUCGACGCGAUGAAUAUCCACCUAGCGCAGUGCAAGAACGCCGUCUGGACUGCCCUGGAGCUUUCACAACCACAACCGCAACGGCAACCGCGGGAAAUGAGCAGCCCUUAUGAAGCGCCCGAACCUCCCCCUCGCCAAAUAGUAAUCGGCGGACCUGAAACCCCUCCCCUUACCCGCGGGCAGUUCGCGCGACGAAUAAGACCCCAGCAGGCUGUUCCCAUCCCGGUCAAAGAAGAGGAGGGAGAUCCGUUGUCGCCUCGAAGCUACUUGCACAAGAAGAUCUCAGCUUCUUGGCACUCAUAUACUUACCUCCGCUUUACCCUCCAGUACAACGGCCUGGAUGCCGACCCGCCGGACUGGUACUUUGCGCGACGAGAGCACGGCCAGUGGGUUGGGAGCGGCUUGCGGUGGGAAUACGACGGGGUGAAGAUCAAGAAAUACCUCGUGCUAUCCACUCCGCGCAAUCUCGCCAUCGUACACCACGCGCUAAAUUUCCUCCGAAACCACAAGGAGGCGCUCGAAGACGAACGGGUCGGGCCCAGCAGCCCCCGCGACGACGAGCCGCUGCAGAUCAUGGUGAUAGAAGUCGGUUCGAACCGGCAGGUGUUCGCCUCGGGGCGCGUCCUGCUGCGCGACAUCGACCUCGACGGCAACGAGGAGAUCGUCAGCCCGCUCUCGGGCCAGAGAGUCGAAGCCCAGGAUACCAAAGCCAACGACCUGAUCUUCCCCGUCGAAGAGCGCACUUUCCGCGAUAUUUAUAACCUCCACGAGGACAUCGCCGCGGAUAUCGACGCCCGCGACGAAGCUGCCGAGAGGGUUCGCCGCGAUAGCGCGGAUGGUACUCCCGUGUGA